UAACAGCAACGUGAAGAAGAAACCGGAGUGUUCCUGUUCGCUCGUGGCUAGAGGACGUUGGUGUCACAGAGGAGAGCGGCUCGUCCACUAUUCUUAUUUCCCCCAAACUAACCUCAAAGAAGAACCGAAAGGAAGAUGUUUUCCCGUGCAGUGAGACCCACCGUCGGCCUGGCUCGGAGCCUGUCCACCUCCUCGCAGAACCACGCCAAGGUGGCGGUGCUGGGCGCUUCUGGCGGCAUAGGCCAGCCGCUCUCCCUGCUGCUGAAGAACAGCCCCUUGGUGAGCCAGCUCUCCCUCUUCGAUAUCGCCCACACGCCCGGGGUGGCCGCUGACCUCAGCCACAUCGAGACCAGGGCCCAGGUGAGCGGCUACAUAGGCCCCGACCAGCUGGGCGCCGCUCUGAAGGGCUGCGAAGUGGUGGUUAUCCCCGCCGGCGUGCCGAGGAAACCCGGUAUGACCCGGGACGACCUGUUCAACACCAACGCCACCAUCGUAGCUAACCUAGCGGACGCUUGCGCACGCCACUGCCCCGAGGCCAUGAUCUGCAUCAUUGCCAACCCCGUGAACUCCACCAUACCCAUUACGUCGGAGGUGAUGAAGAAGCACGGAGUGUAUAACCCCAACAGGGUGUUCGGGGUCACCACCUUGGACAUUGUCAGAGCCAACACGUUUGUGGCGGAGCUCAAAGGCUUGGACCCGGCUCGGGUCAACGUCCCGGUGAUUGGCGGUCACGCUGGGAAGACCAUUAUCCCUCUGAUCUCCCAGUGCACUCCUAAGGUCGAGUUUCCUUCCGACCAGCUCACCGCCCUGACCGAGAGGAUCCAGGAGGCCGGUACGGAGGUGGUGAAAGCCAAGGCGGGGGCGGGGUCCGCCACCCUGUCCAUGGCGUACGCAGGUGCCCGCUUCACCUUUUCUGUCCUGGACGCCAUGAACGGGAAGGAGGGUGUGGUCGAGUGCGCCUUCGUCAGGUCUGAGGAGACGGAGUGCAAGUACUUCUCCACGCCGCUGCUGCUCGGCAAGAAUGGCAUCGAGAAGAACCUGGGGCUGGGCAAGCUGUCUGCGUUUGAGGAGAAGCUGGUGGCCGACGCCAUGGGGGAGCUGAAGGCUUCAAUCAAGAAGGGCGAGGACUUUGUGGCCAAGAUGAAGUAAUCAGGAGCCGGUUGAGUCAAGACAACCAGCUGUGAUGGAUAAUUUGUUCGGUCUUACAAGGCAUCAGACUAACUAAAGAUCCAUCAGUGUUUCCUCUCUUUUUCUGUUGGCAGUUGGGUGUUUUUCUUUUAUUUUGUUUGACUUUUAUUCCUCUUUACCAACCACAGGUUUCUUCUGUGUGUAUAAUUCGUGCCCAUUCUCUACCGUACUGUGAUUUGUUUUUCUGUUGCUAAUUUAAGUGCAGUCUGUAUUUGCAUAGACUUUUCUGCUGUGAGGAAGGAGGGAACGCUGUCAUAUGUCUACUGAUGCAAAAACGGUUGUUAUUACUGAAGAGCAAAAUAUUCACUCCACCAAUAAACAGAUUAGCUUUAAAA